CGGGAAGAACUAAUUUUAUUGAUGGUGGAGACUGGAGAGUCUCGUUGAAGAAGAGACUAGUAGUUGGCGACAGAAAAUCCAACCAAGCUCCUUUCAACAAUGAUCCAUUCCGACCACAUCACCAGCUUCUUUCAGAUCCAUCAAUCUCUAGCUUCUGUUGGAUGGACGACGACGACGACAACCACACGUCGCCUCUUCUUCCUUCACCUCCUCCUAAUUCCAUCGAGGAGCCGUCUUCUUCCGCUUCCCAGUCACAGAUUUAUGAGAAUGCCGUCGGAGAAGACGACACACGCCGCCGGCCGGAAACUUCUUAUCGGAUUAACAUAACUGUAUUUGGUGGGGUAUCCAGACGGAUAAAUGACGACGUGUUAUCCUGCCUAAUCGUGCUCGUCGCCUUUUGGUUCUUCGCAUCCAUGUUUAUGAUAUUUGGACUCUAUGGGACUAUGAACUUGCAACUUGGUCCAAAUUGCUCGCGCAUGCUACAAGUUAAUCCAUUUUUUGUCCAGACAAUUAGGGCUGAAGAAAUUGAUGAUUCAAGAAACGGUCUUAUGCUCUAUGGAUUCUAUGAUAUCCCACCUCUGGAUACAGAAGUAACAUGGUCUGAAACACACAAUAUGUUGAUUCCAUCCAACUUUCACAAGGAUUGGGCUCACUUUCUUAAUAAAGGAUCUGAAAUGAAUAUCUCUUACAGUGUCAAGUCCUCCAGUUCGAUACCAUUGUCUCUCAUAAUAGCUGAGGGGAGAGAGAACCUGGUAGAAUGGAUGGAGGAUCCAUCAUACCCAAAUACAACAUUGUCUUGGAACAUUAUUCAAGGAAAUGGCAUAAUCCACCAGAAAAUACAGAAGUCUUACAUGUAUUAUAUUGCAGUGGGUAAUUUGAACUCCAUGGAAGUGGAGGUUCAACUAAAUUUCACUAUCAAGGGCAUCAUGUACAACACAACUAAUGCAUUUUACAAGUGUUCCUUGAGUCGCCGGCUAUGUAGUUACAAUCUUUUCAUCUAUGGAACAAAUUAUGCGCUUGUAACUUCACCACCAAUACCUCAGUCUUUGCCAUACUUUGACUGGUAUGUCAAGUUUGCUUAUGGACCACGCUUGAUAACAUACAUCACUGGUUCUGGCAUGAUGACAGUGAUCAUCCUAUUGGCACUUAGAAUAUGCGGCAUGUUGCAAAUAUUUACUGAAGAAGCAAGAGGAAUGCAAGCGAGGGAUUUUAUAAGCGACAGAACUCCAUUGAUUCUGCAUAAAGAUGAUGAUCUAUUGAGUUGGGGUUCUUCGUAUGAUUCUAUCUCAGACGAGGAGGAGGAGGAGGAGUCUCUUGAUAUUAGGAGGUCGGUAGAUGAUGCUCAGCGCACUUGUGUGAAAUGCAGUGAUGCGGAGAAGAACUGUUUUUUCCUUCCAUGUGGACAUGGUGUUGUUUGUUUUUCGUGUGGAAUACGGACUAAGGAAGAGGGUGGAACUUGCCCAAUUUGCCAGAGGGAAAUAAAGAAAGUGAGGAAGAUAUUCACAGUUUGAGAGAAGGGGCUAUAUAUAUGGUAUUGUACAAGUUAGUUCCUUUAACAUCUAUAGUUAUUUUGCUGUUGCUGGAAAUGAAUUCUAUAUUUUCAAGAAUAUUUAA